AUGAUUUCAUCUGUUCCGUCUGUGCGACUGUUGGCUUACGUCUUUAGCUUCCGCCUCCUCCACCCCGCGCGCGGAAUUUCAAAUCCAAAAGAAGUUGGGACGAGCGUACAAGUGAGAGCUUUUACCAAAGAUCGAUGUGCUCUUUCAAUCCCAUAUGAAAAAGCUUCUGGGAGUUCCAAAAUUUCAGGUAUGCAUGAAGAGAGGAUUUUCAUCAUAUCAGUUCAUUCUAUGUCUGCUGCUUCUUCUGGAGAUGUUAUAACUUCUGGUACAGUUUCAGCAAAGCUAGGAAGCCAAAUUACAUUACAAUGUUACCCAUCCAAGAAAGAUACAAAGGUGGUGCAGGUGCAGUGGACUUUAUGUAAUCAGACUAAAAUUGGCAUCUAUAAUGAAUUAAAUGGACAGCACAUUGAAGAAAGUUUUAAUGAGCGAUUCUGUUUACCAGAUGAACAAAGUCUUCAGAUCCAUGUUGUACAGAAAAAUGACUAUAGAACAUACUGCUGUAUCAUCAGCACCUUUCCUCAUGGGACAUUGCGAGGGAACACAUCACUGAUGCUCGACAAUAAUGAUAAAGGGCCUGAGGUUUCCCUUGUGAAGAUCACUGUAGCCGUGUGUGGAGUGCUGGUGCUGAUGGGAGCUUUCAUAGGUGUACUGCUGUACAUAAGGAAGCAAAGGCGGGAGAGCAUGCCAGAUAAUAUUUCCAAUGUGACAAGAACACAAAGAAACCUGCAGGGAACCAGCCUUCUAGUACCAAGCCAAAGCCAAACAAACAGACUUGUGACAGGUGUACAGAAUCCAUCUCAAUCACAAGACAAUGAAGAGGACCAACAUCAUGAAUAUUUCAAUGUCAUGUCCUACAAGGACUGCCACUUAGCUUAAUACAUGCGUGUGUGUGUGUGUACGUGCGUGUGUCUGUGUCUGUGUGUGUGUGUGUAUGGCAUAAGCAAGGUGAGUAAAACAGAGACACUUUGGAAGCACUGUAACAUACUACAUGCAGGGUACAAGCAUGAAACAAGACCUGAGUCUUUCAGAAGGUGUUACGGGGAUUAUACAUGUCUUGCAGUCUACCUGAAAUGCAAUUAUUACUUUGUGUUUCAAUUAGCUAGGUUAAGAAGCAGCAAGACACCAGCAUUGCAAAGACUACUUGCUGAGCAUUCCAAAAAGAGGAGGGGAAAAUACAGGAAGAAACUGGCAGAAGAUAGUCAAAAAUCAGUAGCCCCAAGUGCCGGCAUAAAUGAUUUUGCAACACCUUUAAGACUUUUUAAGUGUUGUAUUCUUUUGGAAAAUUACAGGAAAUAGGCAUCAAGGAAGGUCAGUAAAGGGUUAACAUAGUAUAAAAGGCAUCCAAUUGUUAAAUUAUAAAACAAACAGUGGUAAACAAGGCAUCUUCAAUGUAUUUGUUUAUAACCUGGAAAGAGAGCAAGUGCUUCUCAAGCUUUUUUGAGGCAUGACCCAGGCCACAAGGCUGAGGUGAAGUAAAACAUGUAUAUGGACAUUUUCCAGGAACAAGUCAACAAGCGCAUCCUUUUGGAGGAACCUGUAAUAUUCACAUAAAACUCACAAAGACCUUAGGAAUAAUAUACAACACUCUACACAGACAGUGACCAGAGGUCAAGAUCAAAGUCCAGACCUGGGGACUGGGAGAUAGCUAAACCACCAUGUUGCACUUUUGCUAAAGUUCAGGCUGCUACAGUACCAUGAAUCUGACUGAUUGAUUUCUCAGGAUGAUUAAGUGAAUGCCUCAAUCUUGUGGCAGAAGGUUCCAGUAUCAUACACCAUCAGAAAUAAACAAGCUAACUGUGCCAUUAUGUAAAUAAUAUUUCUUUUACAGUCACAGAAUGUCAGAUUUGGCAGUCUGCGUUUGGUUCCAGGAAUGUGAAUACACAUUACCAGUGUUUUUUUAGCCUUGUCAAUAUAAACUCUGCACUACUCACUGGUCAGUCCUAUGACCAUGUGUCCUCUCAGUUUGGUAAACAAGUUUUACUCUGACAUCACAAGUGCUUAAGAUUGUUAUGAA